CUUAAAAAUACAAACAAAGAAAAAAACGACCGGUUGCUACGCAAUGACGUCAUAUUCCCGCGACAGACGCCCAGGAGAGGUCGAUGAAUGAAAGCAUGGAUCUCUUUUACACUCUUCUGCUGUUAGCAGGUUUAUUGUAUGCAACACCAGCAGCGGAUGUGGAGUCGGUGCAGAAACCGGAGCAGACGUGUCUCAGCUCUGAGUUCAGCUGCUCUAAUGGACAGUGUGUGGAUCACUCGUGGAGGUGUGAUCACAGCGAGGACUGUGAGGACGGCAGUGAUGAGGAGAACUGCGAGGAGAACGAGUGUGAGUCGAAUAAUGGUGGCUGUUCUCAUCACUGUGUGGAUCAGCCUCUGGGGUUCGUGUGUGACUGUCCGUCUGGCAUGAGACUGGUGCAGGACACACACUGUGAAGAGGUGGAUCCAUGUCUGGACGCGGAUGUGUGCGAUCAGGCGUGUGUUCAUUCCAACGGCUCUUUUACCUGCGAGUGUCGUCAUGGUUACGUGAAUGGCUCAGAGAGUGGGCGGUGCCUGGCUGCAGGUGAUGCAGCAGCGGUGAUCUUCAGCAGCAGUGAGGGAAUCACGUGGAUGAAGCCUGAUGGGUCUGAGCAGAAAAAGAUCACCAACAGAACGGGAACAUCGGGAGCUCUAACUUCUCUCACUGCUGAUAACACACUGUACUGGGCCAACACUGAACACACACACGUCUACAGGCUGGUUCUGGAUGCAGGAGAUCAGGAGCCCUCAGUGGUGAUCUCAGGAGCCAGUGGGAUUAUGGGAUUGGCUGUGGACUGGAUUAACCAGGUUUUGUACUGGACCAGUAACCGAACUGGAGCUGUACACGCCGCGGCGCUGAACGGAACCGAACACGCCCCUGUCAUCUCGGGUCUGUCCUCCCCCACCGCCGUUGCGGUCCAGCCUUUAUUAGGCUUCCUGUUCUGGGCCGAGGCCGGAGUUUCUCCCAGAAUCCAGCGCUCGGGUCUGAACGGACAGGACAGGAGAACCCUCAUCACCUCCGCCAUACGGAACCCCGUCUCCAUCGCUCUCGACGUUCCCCGCGGCCUGCUGUACUGGGCCGACUCGCUCCUGAACUCCGUGUCGAGGGUGGCGUACGACGGACUGCACAGAAAGACGGUGGUGGAAUCGAACGGUUAUCUGGACCAGCCGUUCGGCCUGGCCGUGUUUGAGAGUGAUGUGUACUGGAGUGACAGGCAUACGGGAGCGAUCUGCCGUGCUGAUAAACACAACGGAAAACAGCUUAAAUGUUCUGUAGUGAGUUCCCCGGCAGGAUUGCUCAUCUACCACCCGCUCCUGCAGCCUACAGUUUCAGAUACGACGCCGACGCCGACGCCGCCGGCUGAGCCUCCCACCACGGACCCGGACUCCACCUUCGCCUGGAUCCUCUCUCUGAUUGUCCUCCCCUGCUUUCUCUUCGCCACUCUUUUCCACUGCAGGAAGAUGGGAAUGUUCUCGUCGUCUCCCUUUUGUUCUCCUGGAGAACCCAUGAUGAAGGAGUCACAGGAUCCGCUCAUACCAUCGGCAGACACAGAGAACAACACGUUCCCUGUACCUGUGUGAACCAGGAAGUGACUUCAACAGAUGGGAGUGACCGAAACUCGUGUGUGUGUGUAUGUGUGUGUGUGUGUGUGUGUGUGUGUGUAAGACAAAAUGAUGCCCCCCAUUAAUCCAAAUGAAGUGAAAUGAUCUGAAUGGUUUAAUUUAUUUAUUUCUGUCUUUAUUGUACUCAUGAUCUGUAAACAAAUCUUCAGUGAGUCAGAUCUAAAGAUCAGACUCUUUCAUUUUAUUUGUUUUUUUUUUUUCUGAAUUACUCUCGGAUCUUUGGGGCAUUUGUGCUUGAAUAUUCCAGUUUAAUUUAGUUUCCAUUUUUGAGAUAUUGGCGCUUCUGUAAUCGCUGCUUCAUAUAUCUGAAUCUCAAUCAGCUCUGUAAAUGACUCUUCUUCAGAUUUAAUUCAUUUUUAUCUUUAUUUUUUGACCGUAUUUAAAUCUGAAUAUUUUACGAUUUAAAACCGGAAUCUUUAGGACAUUUUGGAGGAAGAAUUGCGGUUCAUAAAUUGUUUAACGCACACUUAGUUUCUCGGGUGAGUGCAUUCUAUAAUAGAUUCAAUGAAUCAUCUGCGAUUGAUUCUUUGCCAACUCUGAAUGUGAAUCAAAGUAAACGUGCGAUGAAACAGUCUGGAUGGUUUAAUGUAAUUUAACCUCCGUUAACCCAGCACAUGGCUGUUGGCUAUUAUGUUAAUGAUUUCAUCUGCAUAUGCAAAUGAAUCUUCUAAUUGCUCACUGAAUCACUCUCGUGUCACUUCACUUCAGUUGUUUUCUGUUUGCUGUUUUCGAAUUUGAUUUUAUAAAUUGAAUUGGACACAGAUGAUCCUAAAGUGAUCUAAACAGCUCUAUGAACGAUUCUUGUGCGCUGGAAGCCGAGUGACGUUUGUAAACGAAUCGUUUUGAAGUGACUCCGAAUCACUUUAGGGUUUUUAUUUGUUUAAGGCACGUACAUGAUGAAUCCACCUCGGUGAAUCAAAAGGUUUCAUUUUACAGCAAUGACUCGUACUCAUGGAAACGAUUCUUCUGAAUUUGUUUGUAAACGAAUCUGUUUUACAUACUGUGUAUAUUAUAGCUUUUUAUUUUCAUCAACCCAUGACGCUUGAUUUUGGAGUGUGUAGUAUAAAUAUGGAUCAGAAUUUUCAACUUGUGCCUUGUUACUGAAUGCUGAAUACACUCCUACUGGACUACUGGUGGAACAGGAUAUAUUUGACUCAGUCAGUGAUUUGAGUGUUAUGUUACAGGUACAGGAAUUGUGUAACGUGAUGCUGUGGGUAGGGAAACCAGUCAAACAAACGAACAAUCAUUUACUUAGCACUUUUAGUCAUGUCAGUAGUUUGGUUGAUUUGAAAUGUUUGCGGUUUGUUUAUGAUGUUUUCUUAAAGGGCUGGAAUUUGUCACUAAUAACUGAUUAAGCCACACUUUGUGUUAUUGUAUUGUUAUUUCUUCUGAGUCUGCACUAGGGUUAAUGAGUGACUACAGUGAGGAUGUGAAUGUUACAGAGCCUUUUUUUGGGGCUGGGACAAUGCUGUAGGGUUAUUUAUUAGUUGAGAGAUUAGUAUUUAUUUUUUUGUUCCUGUGGCUCUUCUUGCUGAAAUAAAAAGCAAAUGCUGCGGCUUUAUUAAAAGCCGGAAAGUUGAAUAAACUGUGUUUUUAUUUAUUACUUUUUUUGCUUAAUGUAAUAAUUUGUAAAUUAUGUUUUAGUCUGAUGACAAAGUAGAUUGGCAUGUAAGGUAUGUGUGGGUGUGUGGGUGUGUGUGUGUGUGGGUGGGUGUGUGUGUGUCAUUUUGGUGUUUGUGGAUAUUUAUAUUUCCUCGUUAUUUUCUGCCUCGUGUUCACUUGUAUUGAAGAGGUUUAUUUAUUUUGUGUUUCAGUGCAUUCAUAAACUAUUCAGACUGUAUUAUGUUAUAGGUUUCAUUUAAAAU